ACGUAGAAUUACAGUCAGCAUUCUUCUCUUUACCGGUGCGAGGUCUAGCCCUGGUACUCACUGUCACUGUUUCAGGAUUUUCACUUAAUUGCCACCUCGUUGCUUUUUUCUUCUUUCUUUUCUUUCUUCUUAUUUGAAACCACAGCAUCUACAAAACUGAAGUUCCUUUUGUGAAGGUAGCUUUUGCCAACCCCCUUCCUUUGAAUAUUAUUCUUUUUGGUAAUUCUUCGUUGUCCAGCCGCCAAAGUGGAGAGUGUGAUUGCAGAAGGGGGCGCUUCUCGUUUCAGUGCUUCUUCGGGAGGGGGAGGAGGUCGGGGUGCACCUCAGCACCAUCCCAAGACUGUCGGCAACAGCGAGUUCCUGGGGAAACCCCCAGGAUCUAGCGUUCAGAGAUGGGUACCUUCACGAAGCACUAGACGAGAUGUCAACGCCUCCAAUGAAAAAGAACGACAUGAUGCAAUCUUCAGGAAAGUGAGAGGCAUACUUAAUAAGCUGACCCCCGAGAAGUUUGACAAGCUAUGCCUUGAGCUCCUGAAUGUGGGCGUGGAUUCAAAACUCGUCCUAAAAGGAGUCAUCUUGCUGAUCGUUGACAAAGCCCUUGAAGAGCCCAAGUAUAGCUCCCUAUAUGCUCAGCUAUGUCUGCGAUUGGCAGAGGAUGCACCAAACUUUGACGGCCCAUCACCGGAGAUCCAAACAUCACAAAAGCAGAGCACCACAUUCAGGAGACUUCUGAUUUCUAAGCUCCAAGAUGAAUUUGAGAACCGUGCCAGAAAUGUUGAAAUCUAUGACAAACAUGACAACCCUCUUACCUCUGAGGAGGAGGAGCAGCGUGCCAUUGCCAAGAUCAAAAUGCUGGGCAACAUCAAAUUCAUUGGGGAACUUGGCAAGCUUGAUCUUAUCCAUGAAUCUAUCCUUCAUAAGUGCAUCAAAACACUUUUGGAAAAGAAGAAGAGAGUCCAACUUAAGGAUAUGGGGGAGGAUCUGGAGUGCCUCUGUCAGAUAAUGAGAACAGUGGGGCCUAGACUAGAUCAUGAGAAAGCUAAGUCUUUAAUGGAUCAGUACUUUGGCCGUAUGCAGUCCUUAAUGAACAACAAGGACUUGCCAGCGAGGAUCCGUUUCCUGCUGCAGGAUACGGUGGAGUUGCGAGAGAACGAUUGGGUGCCUCGCAAAGCUUUCAUCGACAAUGGACCAAAGACGAUUAACCAGAUUCGUCAGGAAGCAGUAAAGGAUUUGGGAGUUUUUAUUCCACCAAUGUCCCAGGGAAUGAGGACGGACUUCUUUCUGGAUGGCUCUUUCAUGCCAACCAGAAUGAAACUUGACAGGGAAACCGUUGGCAGCCAAACCGGGGGGUUGGCUGAUAUGUUUGGACAAAUGCCAGUGGGGAGUGGGAUCGGCACUGGCCCUGGGGUGAUUCAGGACCGCUACUCCCCAACCAUGGGGCGUCAUCGCACAAACCCUCUCUUCAACGGACACAGUGGGCACACCGCCCCUGCCCCGCAGUCCCAGUUUGACAUGGGAGGAGGCAAGCCAUUUAUGAAAUCUAACCCGGGUCAGAAUCCGAUUUUCCACAACCAGACCCAGAACCACUCUGUGCAGCAGCAGGCCCAGUCCAAGGACAUGGCACCCCGCUUCAUCAAGAAAGGACAGCUCAACGCUGAUGAGAUCAGUCUUAGGCCGGCACAGUCAUUCCUUUUGAACAAAAACCAAGUGCCAAAGUUGCAGCCGCAGAUCCCAAACAUGAUUCCUCCCAGCGCUCAACCUCCACGCACACAGACGCCACCACUGGGACAGCCUCCACAGCUUGGUCUGAAAACCAACCCUCCUCCUAUCCAGGAAAAACCUCCAAAGACCAACAAGAAACCACCUCCUGCAAAGGAAGAGUUACUAAAGAUGACUGAAACCAUAGUGACUGAUUACCUGAAUGGCAAAAACAUUGAUGACGCAGUGAAUGGCGUGAGGGAGAUGAAGGCUCCCAAGCACUUCCUGCCUGAGAUGUUGAGCAAGAUCGUGAUCUGUUCUUUGGACCGCUCUGACGACGACAAGGAGCAGGCCAGCACCCUAAUCCACAACCUCCGCUCAGAGGGCCUCAUCACUGGGGAGAACUUCAUGCAGGCUUUCCUCAGCGUCCUGGAUCAGUGUGCCAAGAUCGAGGUGGACGUCCCCCUGGUGAAGUCCUACCUGGCCCAGUUUGCGGCGCGCUCCAUCAUGGCCGAGCUGAUCAGCGUGGCGGAGCUGGCCCACCCGCUGGAGAACGGCACCCACUUCCCCCUCUUCCUGCUCUGCCUGCAGCAGGCGGCCAAGCUGAAGGACCGCGAGUGGCUGACCGACCUCUUCCAGCAGAGCAAGGUCAACAUGCAGAAGAUGUUGCCCGAGAUCGACCAGAACAAGGACCGGAUGCUGGAGAUCUUGGAGGGCAAAGGGCUGAGCUUCCUGUUCCCUUUGAUGAAGCUGGAGAAGGAGCUUCUGAAGCAGAUCCAGGCCGACCCCUCCCCCCAGUCCAUCUACAAGUGGAUCAAGGACAACAUCUCCCCCAAGCUCCACACCGACAAAGGAUUCGUCAACAUCCUCAUGACCAGCUUCUUGCAGUACAUCGCCCAUGAGAUCAACGCCGACGAGGACGAGGACCAGCUCUCGGCCCCCCCGAAGGAGCAGCUGGAGCAGGAGAAGCAGCUGCUGCUGGCCUUCAAGCCCGUCAUGCAGAAGUUCCUGCACGACCACAUGGACCUGCAAGUCAGCGCUCUGUAUGCCCUGCAGGUCCACUCCAAUGCUAAAGCUUUCCCUAAAGGCAUGCUACUGCGCUACUUUGUCAACUUUUAUGAUAUGGAAAUAAUUGAAGAAGAAGCCUUCCUCGCAUGGAAAGAAGACAUCAGCCAAGAAUUUCCUGGAAAGGGAAAGGCAUUAUUCCAGGUGAACCAGUGGCUGACCUGGCUGGAGACGGCCGAGGAGGAGGAGUCAGAGGAGGAGGCUGACUGAGGAGGAGGCUGACUGAGGAGGUGGAGUCAGAGGAGGAGGCUGACUGAGGAGGAGGAGUCAGAGGAGGAGGCUGACGGAGGAGGAGGAGGCUGACGGAGGAGGAGUCAGAGACCAGCGGAAGCCUUAUGGUGUGAAGAGGCUAUAUGAUACAGCUUUUGGUUUUUCCUUGUUUCCCCACCUGCCCCCGCCCCCUUCACCCCUCAUUAUGAUAUGCAUAUUCUAACCACUGCAACAAUUCAUUCCGCUAUCAAGUUUUUGCCAUGUUUAGCCAAUGCAUGUUUUGUUUUAUAUUUACUCUUAGCUCUUUUGUUUGUUUUUAGUUUUGACUUUUUAUUUUUUAAGGGGGGGGGGUUUGUUUGGCUCUGAUUUAGCUCAAGGUCUUAAGCGUCUAACGGUUUACAUCUGUUCAAAGAGCCUGUUGGAGAUCAAUGGCAGCAGGUGUGAACAUGGGCCUCUUGUUUUGCUGUAUUAGUGAUGUAUUGCAAAGGGCCCGUUUCCCGCUGCUCUCCUGCUUUUGUGUUAACCGACUAGCAACACUGUAGACAUGCACUUUGCUCAACGUCAUGCUGAGUCGUUGCAAUAUAUUCACACUCAUCCCUUGAUUGUUACAAAGAACCCUUAACUGUAAUCAUUGGUUACCAUAACUUUAAUAGUUAUUGCUUGUGUUUCUACCUCCUUGUUAUGGGCAUCAUGUGCUAGAGUCGAAUUACUUAUGUCCCAUUUCAGAUGAACAUGCAUAGAUGAGUCUGGACUGAUGCACAAGUCUGUAAUAAACAAAAAAAUACCUGGUUUACUUGCACAACAUAACCCUGAUUGUAAAAAGAAAAAAAAUGCCCUUUUUUAAGUGCUUUUUGUAGAUGUAUGGUAACAUCUUCUGCUGGGAGAUAUGAAAUGAUGCGGCCUUGUUAAUUUGUCGACCUUUGUUGCUGUAUGUCCCUGAUACUCCCCUUGUACCUGUCAAACUUUGUGAUACUUGAAUUCCUCGGCAUCACAGCAUGCUCAUAGACGACCACAAGCUGGGUCUGCUCUGUUGCGACAGUUUUCAACAUGGAUGCUGACAAGGUCAACAGCUUUUUUUUCUUUUUUUUUUUUUUUAACUGGUCUUUAUUGGGGACAAAAGUUUAGUAUGAGAUUUGAAUUUAUUACUUUUCCACCAUGCGGCCAUACCUCGUGCGUAAAUUUGAAGCCUGUUUGCCAUAUUUGUCUAAUCUAGAUAUUUAUUGAUUUAGUUUAUCAUGAUACAAAGUAAUCUCUCAUUUUAACUCCAUUCGAUGAAAUCACGAGGUCUGAAUCUGUACAAUGAAACUUUAUAUAUACAAGUGUUACUGUAAGUGCUAAGAUUGUCAGUGUACCACUAUUGCUUAACUUUCAAUAAAGUUAAACACAAGUCUA